AUGUCCACUGGUCCAGCUUCUUUGGACUCGUCAAACUGUGGGCCGCCUAUUUCAACCCAUGUCACAGGCUGCACCUUAUGCCAAGAUGUCAUUGAGCCUAUCCCUUCUUCAGCCGCUACUCCUUCUGUACCGUCCCCAUCCCCAUCUGUUGGUUCUCAUUCAUCUACAGAACAAACUCAUCAUCCUAUGAUUACACGAGGCAAAGCCGGUAAUCAACCACAGUUUAUCACCUCUUGUAUCUCAAGUUUAAAUCAUGAAUUGUCUAUAAAGGAUCUCGACGAGUUGAGUUAUUUUCUUGGUCUUGUGGUGAUUUAUACUAAUGAUGACCCAAGAGACACAUAUACCAAAUUUACAUUUGGCCAAUCAAGUGAAGAGAGAAGGAGCAAGAAGGGGUUACUACACCUCCGGAUACAGGGUGAGGUGUUUUUGGAUAUACUUCCGGCUACCUUUCGUCUAAACUGUGUGGUGGGAGGAAUGACGCAGGCUCCCCUCACACCAGUGGAUAACCCUGCCGUUUACCACCACUACCCCGCCCUGCCGUUUGUCACCAUCACCUUUUGCCACCAUUUGCAUCCGACUGCCUCUUCUUCCCACCAUAAGCAAACCCCAAUCUUCUAUUCACCCAUAUCAAUGUUGGAAAACCAUGCAACACCACCGCCAGUAGGGUUGCCGAUGGCAACAAUUUCGAAUAUUUCCAACGGCGGUUUAUUGUGA